CUACUUAUAGCGUAACCUUACCGCGACAAUCUAUAAAUUGAAACCCGGCCAGCUAGCUUUGCUUACCCUCUCCAUAAGAAUCGCAACAAUCAAAUAUUUGCAAGAGAGAGUUCUCUGAAAACAAGAAAUGGAAGAACAAGGCAAAAUCCUGAUGCCCAGAGUAAAGCUGGGAUCACAGGGAUUGGAGGCAUCAAAAUUAGGGUUUGGGUGUAUGGGUCUCUCUGGACGGUAUAAUUCUUCUGUUUCUGAAGAAGACGGCACAUCCAUCAUCAACGAGGCUUUUAACAAAGGUGUCACCUAUUUUGACACCUCUGAUAUCUACGGACCUCAUACUAAUGAAAUUCUGGUUGGCAAGGCGUUGAAGCAGCUUCCACGAGAAAAGAUGCAAUUGGCUACAAAGUUUGGGGUUGUAGGACUUACUGAAGCAGGCAAUCCUAUUAUAAAUGGUAAGCCAGAGUAUGUAAGAGCUUGCUUGGAAGGAAGUCUCAAUCGGCUUGGGUUGGAAUACAUUGAUCUGUAUUAUCAACAUCGUGUUGAUCAAACUGUGCCAAUUGAAGAAACGAUUGGGGAGCUUAAGAAGUUGGUUGAGGAGGGUAAGGUGAGGUUUGUUGGGUUUUCAGAAGCGAGCGCCGAUACAAUCCGGCGAGCACAUGCCGUUCAUCCAAUUAGUGCAUUGCAAAUAGAGUGGUCUCUUUGGACUAGAGAUAUUGAGGAAGAAAUCAUCCCACUCUGCAGAGAGCUAGGAAUUGGAAUAGUUCCAUAUAGCCCACUUGGUCGUGGCUUUUUUGGUGGUAAAGCAGUCCUUGAAAGUGUGCCCACAAAUAGUUCACUGGUUUCACAUCCAAGAUUUAGUGAAGAAAAUCUAAAGAAAAAUAAGUUAUUGUUCUUCAAGUUAGCAAAACUAGCUGAUAAGCACCAAUGCACAACAACUCAAUUAGCUUUAGCGUGGGUACUUCAUCAAGGAAAUGAUGUUGUUCCGAUCCCAGGGACAACAAAGAUCAUGAAUCUGAACAAUAACAUUAACGCUAUAAAUGUGAAACUAACAAAAGAUGACUUGGAAGAACUUUCAAAUGCUUUCUCUAUUCAAGAUGUUGCUGGUUCAAGCACUUGGGGAUAUAUGGAGGCAAUCUCGUGGAAGCAUGCAAACACUCCUGCAAAAGUUAGCAAUGCAUAAAACGAUUCAGAUUCAUAAAAAAAAGCACCAUGUUUUGAUUUAUUCAUUAACAUAUGCGUGCAUUGUAUGAGAAUUAGUGAGUUGAGAUGAAAACAUUACCUUUCAAGUUUUUCACCUCUUUAUGAGUUUGCUUAGAACAAUAAGGAAUCGAUGUAGCCUACAACC